AUGAUAUCAUUACCAUGUUGUUUAUUUGCAUUAUAUCAUCUUUUAUUCAAUCGCAAUCUUCGUGAAGCAUUGAAUAAUCAUCUGAUUAUAGUUUUACUUUUAAUCGAUUUAAUUAUUGAAAGUAUUGAUUUUCCUUUAAUUAUUCAUUAUUAUCAACUUAAUGGAAAUUGGCAAGUUACACGUCCAUUUUCAAAACUUUGGUCGUAUUCGAAUUUUGGUUUUUUUCCAACUCAAACAAUUGUUUUUGCUUGGUGUACUAUUGAAAGACAUAUAUUUAUUUUUCAUAAUCAAUGGUUUUUAACCAAAAGAAAACGAAUUCUUUUACAUUAUAUUCCAUUAAUAAUUAUUCCAUUGUAUUGUUUAAUAUACUAUGCUAUUAGUAUUUUUUACACAUAUUCAAUUUGUGAAUAUAUUGAUAUUCAAUCAACAGUUCUUGGAUUAUAUUUACCUUGUUUUAUAUUAAAUCCAAUACAUUUCAAAAUAGAUUUAAUUCUUCAUCAAAUAAUACCAAUAUUAAUUAUUAUUAUAUCAACUCUUGCACUUUUCUUUCGUUUUUUACGCCAAAGAAUUCAUAUGAAACAAUCAAUACAAUGGAAGAAGCAAAGAAGAUUAAUUAUACAAGUUUUAUCAAUUUUUAUUGUUUUUGGUAUUUUUCAAUUUCCAUGGACAAUUUUACAAUUAUGUAAUCUAUUUGGUCUAUCAUUAAAUUCAUUACAGAUUAUUCAAAAUUUUAUGUUCUUCUUUGGUUGUUAUGUUGUAUUUCUAUUUCCAUUUGUUUGUUUAGGGACAAUACCUGAAAUUGGAAAAAAAAUACAAAUAUUGCUCUUUUACAAUCAAAAUCGAAGAGUUAGACCUAAUCAAGUAUCAUAUCCAAAUCGAGCACUUUAA